AUGAAUAAAACUAAUACAACAAAUAUCACUAAAGUUCUAGAAACUAUAAAUUCAAAUUUAUCUUCAAAUAAUAGUAAUGGCACAAAUGAAAGUAUUCCCUUUGACUUGAGUUUAUUGACACUCUCGAAUCCUGUUUUUGGUAAUUUUAUGUUUUGGACAGCAAUAUUAGCAUUGAAAAUGCUUUUAAUGGCUAUUCUUACAGCAAUACAACGAUCAAAACAUAAGAUUUUUGCCAAUCCUGAAGAUGCCGAAAUCAUGAAAGUUGAAGUAGUUUUCAAUAACCCAGAUGUUGAACGUGUCAGAAGAGCUCAUCGAAAUGACUUAGAAAACAUAUUACCUUACUUUACAAUUGGCCUUUUGUACAUAACGAUAGAUCCAAAUCCAACUUUGGCGACGAUUCUUUUUAGAAUAGCAACUAUUUCAAGAAUUCUUCAUACAUUUGUGUACGCGAUAUAUCCUGUUAGACAGCCGAUAAGACUGAUAUGUUUUUUGGUACAAUCAUCAAUAGCUAUAUUUAUGGGA